AUGAAUGCUUUUUUAACAGCUUUUUUCAAUAGGCCCAAUACCUAUGCUGUAACCAGUACUUUUCGCUUUUCUAAAAUUAAUGAACAGACCGCUGCGAAGUCUCCUAGUUCUCAGUCAAAAUUUACUACUCAACAAGUACCAACUGUUUCUCGUCCUAAACGUAGAAUAACUCCGAAAAAUAUUUCAGUAGGAACCGAAACUAUUGAAACAACUGGUCCGGAACGCGUUCGUUGUCGACAAGCAGUCGUAAAAGAUAGUGAUCAAAGAAGGAAUGAAAAUGUAUUGCAAAAAUAUCACGAGCAUAAUAAUCAAGAUUUAGUACAGAUAGAAUCCAACAAAACUGCUGCUAGUGAUGAAGAGACAGAUCUUAGUAGAAAGAAAAAAGUUGAUACUGAAAAUAAUGAUGCUAUUGUAAGAAAGAAAAAAAGAUCAAAGAAAGCGUCCAAAACUAAAAGUUCUCAUUUAGAGAGACGGAAAGCUCGUAUUAUGCAAUGCAGUCCAAAGCUUAUUCAAAAACGCAUGGAUAGCGCUGAAUCACAACAAAUGUUCUGGAUUAGUCGAUCUAUAAUUAAUGAAUUGCAUCAAGAAUUCAUUAUCUUUGGAGCAACAGGAAAGCUUUUUGUUUAUCUUAAAGUAUUGCGCAUGAAUCGAAACAACUCGUAUGUAUAUCAAAAAGCGCUUUUAUCUCAAGAACUUCGUUCAAUCUUUGCAAAUGCCAUUCCUGAUCCGACCUUCUUGGCUAGUUAUAGAACUUUUCAACAAUAUAACGCGUUCAUAUCAAAGGAAUUUUGUCAAAAACGCCGCAAAAAUGGAGUUUGCGAUAUUUGUCAUGAACCUUUGGAAGAAAAUGAUCGUGAUCAUAUCGCGUUUGCGACUAAAGACUCGGUUCCAAAAAUUCACAAAGACUGCUUCGGGAAAUGUAAAAAAUUAAAAUUAUGA